AUGCUGUCGCUCAGGCAGGUCAGUGGUGGUUGGCUAGCUCAAGAAUCUGACGAUCUAACCCCAGAAGACAUCACCUUCACGACGGGUUCUGAGAGAGCUCCGACGGACAGUGAGCUCUCGGAUGCCAAGUUCGCCUGGCUCUGUGUGAAGCACGUCAAGAGCAACGCCAUUGUGAUUGCCAAGGACAACUGCAUGCUGGGCAUGGGUAGCGGGCAGCCAAACAGGGUGGACAGCCUGAGGAUCGCCUUCAGGAAAGCAGGGGAAGCCGCCAAGGGAGCCGCUCUGGCCAGCGACGCCUUCUUCCCAUUCGCUUGGAAGGAUGCCGUGGAGGAAGCAUGUGAGAACGGCAUCAGCACGAUUGCGCAGCCUGGCGGCAGCAUGAGGGACAAGGACGCCGUCGACUGCUGCAACAAGUAUGGGGUCUCCCUCCUGUUCACCGGGGUCCGCCACUUCAGGCACUGA